AUGGUUUCCUUCAGCACCCUCAUCCUUCUCCCUACCCUCUUCCUCGGCUCUGCCCUCGCAGGAAUGAACUGUAAGUGCCAAGACGACCGCGGCCAGUUCAACGAGGCCACCAGGACCUGCUGCGGCCGGCAAAGUAACCCCCUUACUUACUUCCCUGGACCAAACAACCAGUGCGCCAACCCUGCAAACGGGAUUGAUAGCGGUGCUUUUGAGAGUUGCUGUAAAUCGUUGGGUGUCGGUGCUGCCUACUGCUGGGUUUAG